ACCGAUAUAAACAAUCGGGUUUUCCCAACGGCAGAUCGUGCUGCCCGUACAGUGAUAUAAACAAACAAUGAUCGAAUUCAAAAAAGUGUUUCUAGUCGUGUAAAUUGUGAUAUUGUGUUAAAAUGUUUAGUGUAUAUAUAUUUAUUGUGGCGAUAUCAUCAGCAUUGACUGCGGUCGUCGAUGAUACACCAAACUUAUGCAGCAUGGGAGAGUUCAGAUGCAACGAUGGCGCUUGCAUCAGCAUGGAUCUGCUCUGCGACGGGAGAUCGGAUUGUGCGGACCAAUCUGAUGAAGACUCGUGUUGGCUCUCGCAGUCAUCACUUGGAGGCAAAGGAUUACUCAGUAGAACUAGGCGCCAAACUACAUGUAGGCGAAACCAAUGGCAGUGUCGUGAUGGGUCAUGUAUAGGCUUUGACGGUAAAUGUGAUGGCGUGGUGGACUGUUCAGAUGCUAGCGACGAGACAUUCCCUCUCUGCAGGAAAAUGCCUUGUCAAAGCAACUGGUUCAGGUGUACAUAUGGCGCAUGCGUGGAUGGGACCGCUCCUUGUAAUGGUAUCCAGGAAUGUGCAGAUAAUUCGGAUGAACUCCUCCCGAGGUGCCGGAACGAGACCGAAGAAGUGCGGGGCCAAUUUCGUUGCGACAGUGGUCAGUUGAUCUCUGCAGCAGAUCAUUGCGACGGUAAAGUGGACUGUAGCGACGGGUCAGAUGAGACUGUGAAGACUUGCGCUGGGAAAAAGUGUCCGGGGUAUCUGUUCCAGUGUGCGUACGGUGCUUGUGUGGACCAGGGCAGUGAUUGUGAUGGGAUAAAGGAGUGCGCGGAUGGUUCCGACGAAUCUGACGAGCUCUGUAACAGAAUAUCCACAGUUACAACGACUUCAACAACUCGUCCUCAAUUGGGAGGAAAAUGUGUGCUGCCACCUCAUCCCACCAACGGCGUGUACACAGUGAUAGGAGCGCCAAAUGCAAAGCCAGGACAGACGUACUCCGUGGUGUACCUGAACGUGUCAUGUGCCGCGGGGUUCGGGUUGAAGAGCGGGAAGGGAUCGCUAUUCUGCGUGGAUGGUGCCUGGUCGGAUGAUAUGCCUGAGUGCGUGCGUUUCUGCCGACUGAACCCUCACGAAAGCGUUGAAUACCGCUGCGUCAUUUCCGGUGGAAACUCCGUGGAAGGUACCCGGGAGUGCAGCAAAUAUGAGCCGACCGGUACCAUGGUCCGUCCACAGUGCCGACAACCCAACUACUAUUACCCUGGCGUGCUCUCCGUGAUGAGAUGCAUCGACGGAAACUGGGAUAGCAUCGCCAUUUGCUCUCCAGAAUGUGGUCGAGUGACUCCUGAAGGGGAGCAACUCGUGAUCGGGGGCUGGGCAGCCAAGCGUGGUGAGCUGCCAUGGCACACCGGCAUCUACAGCAAGAAGACAUCGCCUUUCAAACAGAUCUGUGGAGGCUCGCUUGUCAGCACCAACGUGGUCAUAUCCGCCGCGCAUUGCUUCUGGGACGACCUCAGCAAGCAACAGCCGCCACAGAACUACGCAAUCGCCGUCGGCAAACUGUACCGACCCUUCAACAACCAGAAAGAUGUGGGCUCACAACAUUCUGAUGUGAAAGAUAUCAAGAUACCGCCCCGGUUCCAGGGCGCUGCCGCCAACUUCCAGGAGGACAUUGCUGUAGUGAUCCUGGUCACCAUUAUCCAAUACAAAACAUUUAUACGACCUGUCUGUCUCAGCUUUGACUACAACUUCGAUAAGAGACAGCUCAGCGUAGGGAAAAUGGGGAAGGUUGCAGGGUGGGGUCUGACCGGAGAGAACGGGGUGGCGUCGCCAACGUUGAAGGUCGUGGAACUGCCCUACGUAGACCUGAACCUGUGCAUCAGCUCCUCGCCGCCAGGCUUCCGGGAGUACAUCAACAGCGACAAGUUCUGCGCUGGCUUCACUAAUGGUACCACCCUGUGUAAGGGCGACAGCGGCGGAGGGCUCGCGUUCCCAGACUGGGAGAUGGGCGUAGAGAGGUUCUACCUGCGGGGCGUAGUCUCAACAGCUCCUACCAACGAGGACCUGUGCAACGCACAUACUUACGUCACCUUCACACAGAUUGCCAAACACGAGCAUUUCAUUAAGGAGUUCUUAUAAUAAAAAUAUUUUUUUAAA